GACGGUUGGCAGCCCUGGCGGCCAGUGUUUACCUGCUGCCUGGCCUGCCGCGGCGGUGUGCUGUGCCGUGUGUGCGUGCGUCCCCGCCCUGCAGCAUGACGGAACGCCCCAAGCGGGAGUGCGAGGCCGUCCAGGAGGCGUCCCAGCUGGUGUGGGGGCCGACCAUCCGCCCCGAGCUGUUCGCCAGGUGGUCCCAAGGUUUCAUCUUUAGCGAAGACGAGAGGACGGCUUUAAUCCAGACCAGCGGAGGGCCGUGUGCCGUCAUUGCCCCGGUGCAGGCGUUCCUGAUAAAAAACCUUAUAGCAAGUUACCAGCUUUCACAACUCAGGGAGAUUGAUAGUACAACAGUGGACCAAUUUUUAGCUGCAGCCUUGACUGAAAUCCUGUGUCAGUGUAAGCAACUGCCCUCUGUGGCAGUCCACGUAGGAGAUAGAUCCAGCUCCUCCUCCAACGCAGAGGACAGUGGCUCCCCCACCCACCGGGACCAUGGCCCUUUCCAGUUAGCUUGCCUGGAUGACCCGUUGUCCCUGAACAAUGAGUGUCCAAGCUCCAGCCCAACAGAGCCUGACCAGCCUUCCUCCACACCAAGUGCCAAAGAUUACAGUUUGUUCCACUCCAGUGUUAGAUUAAGGCAUUUUGAGAAUGCUCACUCAUUGCAAAGUCAUUUAGAAACUCACCUGGACAGGUACAAAGCCCAGUAUGGUGUUCUUCUAUUCCUAUACUCCGUCAUUUUGACAAAGGGUGUUCGGACAGUGAAGGAAGAGAUGGGGGACAUGGGGGAGACCCUGAUUGAUGUGGCACAGGGCCAUGGGAUCCAAGGCCUCAUCAACCUCCUCAUCACAGGCCGAGCCUCACCGCACGUCUGGGACGGCACCAAGAACGUCGGUGGCCUUGAUUUGGUGGGUGUCCUGAAACGGCCGGCGGUAGGCUUCCUGACUCGUCUGGAGCACCUGCGCUAUGUCCAGGUGGGCUGGUACCUGAAGAACCCCACCAGCCAGGUGUGGGUCAUGGCCUCAGAGACUCACUUGUCAGUACUUUUCUCGUGGUGCAAGAAGCUGGUGACACCUGACUCUGAGGUGGAGCGAGCCAAGCAGGUGUUCAGCUGGUACGACACGGAGGGGAACCACUUCAUCCAGGCAGACAAGCUGAAGGACGUGCUGGAGAAACUCAACCUGUGCACCGACGAUGGCUUCAUUCAGUUCUUGAUGAAUGAGCUUGACCCAGACAGCAUGGGGGUGAUCCUCUACCACAAAUUUGUUGAGACGUUGUUCACCCCAGACCAGUCCUACACUCCCCCAGACACCUUCAUCAUCCACCACUACAACGGCUUGGAGUCAUCGUGCCCAGGCAACAAGAUUCAGUAUGCAGAAGGGCGUGUCACCUUGCAAGAAAGUCAUGUUGGGUUUACCUCAAGUAAUUGUGAGUUCCUAACUUGCCUUGCAACCAAAUGGCCAAAUUUGGACGUGCAAUGGUCCAGCUUCACCCCGUCACUCAACUAGGGUGAGCCUCACCUGCUGCUUGCAGCGCGCCAUGUACUGAAUCACAGGUCAACUAUGAAACCAAAUUCAGAAGAUUUAGUACGGCUUGGACAUGCUGUCAAACCUCACUACACUGUCUCUAGUGAAUGUAGAUAUUCUCUGUUUCCAAUAUUUUGUUUCCUUUAGCAUUGGAAUUAUCCUGUGCAUUGCUUCACUUGUCCAGUCUGUUUGUAGUCUGGAAUAGUGUUGGUCUGAAUGGGAGACUUUUAAUAAUCAUUUCCCUCCUUAUGUAAAUAACUGUUAAGAGCUAUUCAGCCUCAAGCAAGCUAAAGCACACGGUAACUUAAUUUAGCCUCUUUGAGCUGUGAGCCAGAGUACGACUUCCAGCAAUACCUAAACCAAGAUCAGGCACACUCUUUGUUCAUUUCACCCUGAAGAUAAAUCACCUCUCUUAAUCAAUUAUUUAAAUUCCCUGAAUGAGCCAUUUGAAUGCUCUGUCCAGCAUUUCACAAAGUGUGUUCCCACUUACAGAAGCUUGAGUAACUGUUAACAGCCAUAACUUAUGGUGACAAGACAGCUUUUGAAGUCUCCAUUUUCACAGUAACAUCGUGCACUCCCUCGUCUCUUUCCUACAUAUUUUGAUACCUCUGUGUUGUGUGUGUCUGUGUGUGUGUGUGUGCAUUCAUUCAUUCUUACCUAUUUGCUUUUUCCUGUUUGUAUUGUUACAAGAUUAAUUUAAUCCUGCAUUGCCCCACAUUUUAACUAAUCAUAUAAAUCUUGACACUUGAAUAAAGUUUCAGCAGACAGCUUUACUUGGCAAAGGAAUUUAUUUAUCAGUUGCUCUGAAGUGCUGCCUUAGUACUUUAUAGCUAUAUCAUCUUUUAUUGAGCAUUUUUUAUCCCAUAGGUGAUAUAAUAUUUUUUCUUUCUUUCCUGGUAACACUUUUGUCUCCUUUACUCAUUUCUUAACAGGCUCUUUUUUCUUAUAACAGAACAACUUUAUCUCUCAAGCCUUAAGCCCAUUUUGUCGCAGCCAACUGUCCUCAUUUCUCUUACUUCAAAACCUAUCCACUUUAAUUAGCUUCCUCCUUUUUAUUAGAGCCUUCUUAGAAGUUGAAUGAGGUGCCCCAUUACCUGCAUUUUCAAAAUGUAAGUACUAGCUACUCUCCUCCCAGUGAAUACAAGAGUUCAGUAUUCAGAUGCAAAUAAGAAUACCUCACAUUUCUAAGAAUAUAAAUACAGAGAAAUACUGUGAAUUUGAAUGCAAAUAUGGAUACAUCUUAAAGGUAUUCAUGAAUGCAUUCAUGAACACUCCAUUAAAAAAGUAGCUUUUAGCUAUAACUCAGCACAGGACUGUACUGAAGUAAUGCCGCUGUAAAAUGACAUCACAAGCAGUGAAUUGUGACAGGCGGCAGUGUUCAGUGCCACAGGUUCCCUAAGCACAGCAGAGAACCUUUGUGUGACAUGAGGCAGCUGCUCACUGACCAUUACUGACCUGACUACUAUCAUUUCAGUUGUUCCUGACAUCAUUUCUUACAGACCGUGGAUUUUGCAUAAUGAUUAAUUGUUUAUUCCUUUUCUGUACAUACAUAUAAGCAGCAUAUGUCAUGCAGUAACAUACAUGAAGUGCAUGUGUAAUGGUAAAAUUUUGUGUCAGUUACUUAUGGAUUGAACCAAACUAUCUCUUUCUUAAUAGAUGCAGUGUUUUUCAUUCUUUCAUAUUCACUAAUUUACUUAAAUUACUUUAGUCACUUGUGUCAUAAAUUAUAUCCACUACCAAGUGAUUCUGCUUACAAAGAUGAUGUCUGAUAAAUUAAAGUCUAAUGAAGUGAGGCUUUGUAGAAAAUGCGAACCUACAUACUUGAUGUGACAACCGUCUUUAAACCAGUGAAGUACCAUUAUGAAUUUGACCAGCUAGAUUGGGUAGUGAUGAUAAUUGUGCUCUAAGCAAACUCUAAUUGGUAACACUGACCUAAGACUUGUUUCUACAUCUUCGCUUCAGUGUUAAUAUCAAGUUUACAAAUGAUAACAAUUGUGUAUAAAAGAUUAACCCUUAGUGUUGAAUAAUUUGUACACCUAAUUGUUCUAGUAUUCACAAGUGCUUUAUAUUUAUAUUUAUUUUUGUGAUAUAUAAUAUAUAUGUGCAUGUCAAGGGAGGAAAUAAAGCUUGAGUAAGGUGGAAAUAAGGAAGUGACCUUUCAGUUAGUUCUGUAGGUACUUACGGCCGUAGUAUUAAUCUCCCCCAUUCCCGUUCCCUUCCCUUCCCUUUCCCUUGGCUGCAAACCACAGUUUUAAGCGUCCCCGGGGGGUUGGGAUCGAUUAACGCUACCUCGAGAGAGAGUGGAUUGGGUUGAAAAAGUGUUGACUCCGCGGGGUGCGAGGCAGGACAUCUUCAGCUUCCCCUUCCUAUAUUUCAUGAAUAAAUAGUGUUCUAUUUGUUAUUAUAAAAGAAAAUAUAUUGAAAAGUAUCAGAAUAUUUGUAUGACUGAUAUUACAUUGCAAACUUUGCUGAAGUUAAUAUAUUUUUUUUUUUAGUUUGUAAAGACUGGUGUUUCCAUUGAUUGUAAACAUACAGUUAUUCCUGAAGAUUCCUUUAUAAUUGUGGUGUUUCCAUUGAUUGUAAACAUACAGUUAUUCCUGAAGAUUCCUUUAUAAUUGUCCCCAAGAAUGGCAAAAGAUGGCAGAUUGAUGACUAAAUAUGGCAUUAUUAUGGCAAUACUUAACAUAUACCAUAAAAAGGGCAUUUCUUGGCGACCACCUUGAUUUAAGACAAAAAUGCCAUAAAUGACACGACUUGGCAACCCCAGUGCAGGCAGCUAGUGUGUGUGACCAGUCAUGGACACCAACCUGUCUCAUAAAUUAACUUGCCCACAUUAUUUGUUAUUUACCUGUAGAUCAACUACGCUAAUGUUUUAUUUUAUGAUAUAUAAUGUAUGUGAAUACAAUGGUGCGUGAAAAAUGCAUUAUUUAUCUCGUUUUCUGUAAUCAUUGGUUUGAAAGUGCUGCCAACAUUAUUAUGACAUGCAGAUUGGCCUUGUCUGACCUGCAUAUUUGUUGCAGGGACAAGAAGGGUACGGGGCAGCUUAUGUUUACCCCAGACCCGUGUAUGGGGAUGGGGAUGGAAAGGGAAUGGGGAAGACUGAUACUACAGCCGUUAGCACAAUGUACCUUAACCUUUCGUCUAAUCUUGACGUUAUUGAAAAACAGACUCAAUAAAUCAAUCUGCACCAACCCCUUACAGUAAUUAUUAUGAUCAAAACAAUGGCAAUGGUUCAAAAGUGUCACAAAGUAAAGACUCGCUGAGUAAAUCUCAUACCCAAGGCAGUGAUAAAGGUGCUAAGAGCAUCGAGAAUGAGUGCUGAAGUUAUUAUGAUUAGGUUUUCUUAGCCAGGCUUAUUGGAUAGUAUAGCAUUUGUUCCAUGAGGGUAGGAAGGGUGGCCUUUGUCUCUUCCGAAGGCGAAUGAACAUUUUCCAAUAGUUUCUGUUCUGAAUUCAUUAGUGUAUCACUCCUGACCCCUCAAAAAAGGCAGCCAUGCUCUCUCUCUCUUUGAUGGGUGUCAUACUAAUUUGCUCCCAAGAGGCAAAGUUUGGGAUUGUGAAGUUCAAGGACUCACGUAAGGAUGAGUAGAUGUUGCGUGUUGUUAUCUUUGUUGAGAGGUUUGCAAAUGUACGUUUGUGGCCAGCUAUUUUCCCUUGUGUCUCAACAACAUUCCUUUUUGUAAAGCUUUAAUCUCUCUUGCAGCAUCUGUGGGUUAGGUUACCUGGGGGGGUUCAGUUUAGCAUAGCCUGACCCGUGGUUCAUACUUAUCUUACUAUGAAUACUUUAAAUAUCCACACUGAAUUAGUAUUACUGUCAUCACAGCACCCACGGGUACUGUACAGGAGUUGUUGGUAUAUUAUUAUUGAAGUUUUCCUACAAGUUUGCAUGUACUGUGAAUGCAAACUAUCAUUUUCCUUACCACAGUUUUUAGAAUGUGUGUCCCGUGACCCCUCACCUGAGGCAAAGCAAGAUAUAAAAAAGUCGUGACUAAAAUUUGUGACAGUAAAGAUCAUUCAUUGGGCAGUAGCAUAGAGAUAGAAUUGGUCUAGUACCUGAGAAUGUAUAGCUCAUUUAAUAUCAUACACUGGCUUUUAAAUAUCAAAAUUUAGAUAAAAGUGUAAUCAAACUUUGGUAUAAUUAAUGAAAGGUGGUGAAGGAAACACGGGCUAGGGAACAAGUGAACGAGUGAACGAGAAAACACUUGUUCCCUAGCCCGUGUUUCCUUCACCACCUUUCAUCACUUGUCAUAAUGUCUACACAUUUGGUUUAAUUGUUGUCAACAAGUUUUGUUAAAACUAUUUUAUUGGGUUUAUUCAGAUUUCUUUUAAGAUAUAUUUAAAUGUUUGGUGCUGAGGUAUGGUGAUUAAAUGGCACCUUAAUAGUCCAUUCUUACUAUCAGUUUGUAUUUAGCCGAGAAGGUGGAACCACUGGCCCUGCCAUAGCCAUGCCACACACACACACACUUGCUGUCAGGAAUUAUAUGCCUGAUGAAGCUGCCACUGUUUUGUGAAUACAUACUGAAAAAUCUUGUAUGAUGUUCAUGAAGAAUAAGCUCUUGCUGGUAACCAUUGCAUCAUUAUUAUCAUGAUUAUUGUUAUCAUUUUAUCAUUAUUUUCCCAUCUUGGCUACAGGCAGAAGGGUAAUUAAUGAUUUGUCUAUUGUUAUUGUCCCUGAGUUGUGGGGAUAAAGAAGCAUGUCUCCUUAUUCCAGUGUGUGUUGUUACAGCAGCAAAGAGUGGGGUAGCCCUUAACCCCUUCACUCCGGCGACACCAACGUUAGCGUCCGACGUGUUACCGUAUAGAAAGGGUUAGUCCUCUUCUAAAUCUCUUAAUCCUUUUCCAUUUCCUCUUAAUCCUCUUCUAAACCUCUUAGGAGGAAAUGGAAGAGGAUUAAAAGGAAUUUAGAGGAGGAUUGAGAGGUUUAGAAGAGGAUUAAUCCUCUUCCAUUUCCUCUUGACCCUUUCCAUACUGUAAUGCCGAUGUCUGCAUCAUGGAUUUUGGAAAUUGGAUUUGGAAAGGGUUGAGGCCCAUGAUGUAAGGUUAGAAAAUGGAACCUGUCAACCAUUUUCACCUUAAAACUUGUCAAAUGGCAGCAUGUUCUUCAUUGGGCUGUGAAAAAGGUGACUAAAAUGGAUGUAGCUGCUGCAUCACAACAAGUUUAAGUCUUGCCCAAAACAUUGUUGAAGACUAUCACUCAAUCUCUUAAACUUCUCUUACUACUUUGGGAGGCAAGAUCAUUAGGGUUCCUGAUUGUAAUUAUUAGUAUUAUUAUUGUCAUUAUUCUGCUGCCAAGCACAACAGUAGAAAUGGAAACAAAAUCAGUAAUACCUAGGCUGUGAUAUUGUUCAUGACAUUUCCUUGACAUUCAAGUACCAUAUAGUGCAGCCAAAUGACCAAAAAGUUGUUUCAUAUAUAUGAACUUGUUAAUUAGUUUUGUGUCUGUGAUUGCAAUCCAUGUACUUGGUGCUGGUUAGCUCCCUUGGGGAAUGGUCACAAUUAAUUUAAUAAAUUACAAGUGGCAAAGCACAGCAAAAUUAUGGAUGAACUAAAAGUAGGAUGGUUUUGAGCAUGGAGCCCCAAAAAGUGCUGUAACAAUGACAUGCCCCAUGAGAAAAAUAUACAAGGAGUACAUGUAAUGUUAGGGCCAUCUACAAAAGCUGCAGCACCAUGAAGUUAUAAAUAGUUACAUUGUAUAGGGGGUGGGAGCAUUUUGCUUAAAUUUAACUUUUCAGGUUGCCAUAACUUACAAAAUAUUUAAUAAUGAAUGCUGAAUGAGCAGCUAUCCUUCACCCAAUCAAUUUAUUUGAUCAAGAGUCUUGACCGUCUUGCUUGUGUGACUCAGGCUUAAAUAAUGACAUUAAUUUCAAUGCUUAGCAGCUGUUUAUGUCAUGCAGUGUAAGCUGAUGAAGGUUGUGAUGUGCAAGGCUUUUUCAGUCAUACAGGCUGCUGAGCUGCAUUGAGGUCAAGGCCACUUGUCACAGCUGGUGGCCCGGGCUGAUGGGACAGACUGUUGGGACUUCAUCAGUGGACAGCUCAUUAAGUGUUCUGAGAAUCAAGUAUCUGUGUAGCUGUGGCACUUGAGAAUUUAUUUCACAUAUUUUAUAUUAUUUUUUUACAGAAAAUGUAUACUAAUUAUUCAGUAUUGUUGGCAGUAUUCAAACGACAUUUCAGUAGGCCUGAUUCAAAAGUAAAUGUGGCUAUUACAAUAAACUCUUAAAACUGUAAAGGUAUCUGCAGCUAACAGUCAGAACGAGAAUGACAACUAAUAUAAAAAUAAAAUACUAAUCAGUUGCUGUCUCUUGGAGAUUGUGAAAGCAACUAUUAUCUAAUACAGUGUUAAACAACCUUUUAUCUUUCUUGUAAAUCCCUCCGGCGUAUAUAUAUCCUGAAUGAUGUAUAGAGUAAAUUCUGCAUAUAUUAGCGUUUCCUGCAAAAAAUUAAAAUCUGGAUUGGGACAGCAGCAAAUUGCUGCUUUGGAUUAAUAAUGUGAGUUCUACCAAUAAGUAGCUGCUGUGGUUGUACGGUUAUUACUUCACCUUUCCAUUUUUGGACACAUUGUAUUAUUGUUAUUGCCAAGGAAACAGAUGCAGCACGUGGAUGGGGGUUUUAUGAGAAGCAAAUGUUUUAUAUAUAUAUAUAUAUAGAGAGAGAGAGAGAGAGAGAGAGAGAGAGAGAGAGAGAGAGAGGCUAUGCAUGCUUCAAAAUGUUAUGUAACCUUUUCCAUGAAAGUCCCCCGCCUCCCUUCCUUGAGGCCCCAGGACUGCUUGCCUGUUCAUCCACAUGGUCACACACCCUGUAGAAAUAGACGCCUGUGGCCACCUCCAAUAAUGAAACGCUUGAUAGCAGGGUGUUAUGAGAAGAAAAUGAAAACCAUAUAUGAAAGUUCAUCAAAGGGUAUUUUGCUCUUCGCUGUAUCUUAGUACUGGAAGAAGUUUCUCAACACCGGUGCAAUAUUUUGAGUUUACAGCAGCAGCCUUGUGAAGCUUUACAGCUGCCCCAGGGCAUGCAUGUCCCCGUGCAGCUGCAGGUCACCGGAGGCAGCGCGGCGCCCCGUGCACGGCCGCGGCGCCGCGCGGGCUGCGGGUUAUCUUUAGCCAUGUUUGGUCGGCUUCCUGCCACCAGGCAGGCCAGUACUGCUGACAUGGAGCAAUAAAAAGCAAAAGUUCCGCGGCACCGCUGCCUGCGGUCCACCCUGGCGGCGCCGGCAGCGUGUGCCGUGGCCGUGCCGGGAAUAAAUACCCGCCGUGACGUCACCCGCGCGGCACGUGGCCUCGAGGGACACCACCACCACCAAGGGAACGGAGACCCUUCAUUCUGCAGCACCAGAAUAACAAAAUAUUGAAGUAAUUUGCAGGACGUCGAGGUUCAACGGGCUGGCGUGGGCGGAACAACGGUAAAUAACGGUAGCCCCGUUGUGAAGGGCGGCCAUCGUCAUCAUCAGCGCGGGGCCCGGCAGCCAUCAAACAGGUGGGGAGCAGCAGCGCGUCCCCUGCCGCACACCCUCAGGAAGCGGUUCCCGCACCCCCCACGGGGCCCAGCACGCGCCCAGGUCAGGAAAUACAAGUCUCUAGAUGUCUACUACAGCCAUACAUCGAAGGGACACUAACCAAGAUACAAACAGGAAGCUGAACAAGUCCAAAGACAUUCCUCGUGUCCGCAAGCAGGAACAGUCCAAGAAUUACCGUCCGGCUAUUGGUUUCAACCGCAACAUGCCCAGGUCACGGCACGAUGGCCCUGGUCCACGGGGUCUGGGCCACCUCCUGCCAGACCUGCAGGGCGGCGGGCCAUACAGCCAAAACGUGCCACUCCUGAAGGGGGCACGGGGAGGACAGGGCCUCCUUGGGGCAGGUCCUGGCCUUCUUCCCACCCCACCAGUCCCACUAAGGCCAGGCUUCAUGGGCCCAGGGUUUGAUGAUGAGGGACCUAUGGGGCCUCCUAUGGGCCCCCCAGGACCCCACAUGGGACCCCCAGGACCCCACAUGGGGCCUCCAGGACACCACAUGGGACCUCUAGGACCUCACAUGGGUCCUCCUAGGGGGCCUCCCAUGGGUCCCAGAGGACCUCACAUGGGUCCUGGGGGACCUCACAUGGGUCCUAGAAUGCCGGGUCAAGGACCUCCUUUAAGGCCAGGAUCAGGUAGGGGCGGAGGCCUAUUAGGACCAGGACCUGAAAUGCCAGGAUUUCAUGACGACUUUGGGGAUGCCCCUGGUCCCUAUGACCAAGGGGGAGGCCCGGGUUGGGGUCGAGGGCAGCACGGCCCAUUUGGGCCACCGCCACCCGACUCGAGGGAUAGCCAUUGGAGGCACGGCGGUGGUGGUGGUGGUGGUGGUGGUGGCGGCGGCGGCGGAGGUGGCAAGAGCCUCCUCGGGGAGCCACCAAUCAACCUUCCAAUGAUGAACCAGCCACCAAGUUAUCCCAACAACUCAAGGAACAAUCAGUACUCAGGAGCUGGCGGAGGCUACAACCAAAACUACAACAGUAGGGGGAAUUAUAGUGACUUAAGGUCUCAGGGGGGCUACAAUGACGAUUACAGCAGGCCCAACAACUACGGUAGUUCAGGAGGAUACGGCAGUCACUGUGCCGACAACUACGGCUACAACACAAUGGAUCCCAAUAGCUACAACAGGAACAGUAAUCAAGGUUUGCGCUUGAAGUGGAGAACUGUCGAGGGAGGUAGUGGAGGCAAUGGCGGCUAUUACACCUCGAGAAAUUGAUGUUUUUAGGAAGCGGAAAAUUGUCAGAGCAUGUAAUGUGUGCAGUUGAUUGUUAUUAGAGAAUGGCACAAUUUAUCUUUUUUUUCCAGUCUUUGUACCAGGCAGAGUUUGAUGUGACAUCUGACUAGUCGUACAGUCCAAGUGACCCUCAUUAUUUUGUAGAUUAGGUAGCUUGAUAUUUGUAGCAUUCCCCUUGACUUCAGUAAUGGAAGCUGAAUAGAUGAAGACAAGUGAGGCAUCCCAUGCAAGAAGGCAGUUCAGUCCAAAAAUAAAUUAAGGAAAGUGCAAAAUUGUUCAAGAGUUGCAUGCUGUGCAUAAGGAUAGCUAAGCAACUCGCUAAAAAGUUAUUGAAGUUCAAACAACCAUUAUAUUACCUGGGUUUAGAGGCAGAACAAGUUUGUUGCAAGUUAAAUUAUUUAAUAAUUAUAAUCAUAAAAGACUUGCUAGUCUAGAAUUCAUAGUGACAAUUUGAUUGAUGAUUUUAAAUGUCUAAAUGUGUGCACUUUAAAUUUGAAAAUUAACAAUAAGAAAUGUUUUACACUUUAAUAACCCAAAACCCCUACCACCAAUCAAUCAGUUACAAAAGUUUGCACCAUAAUAACUAGUUGAUCAGCAAUAGGUUAAGGUUGUUUGCACUUAAAUAAACUAUUGAUCACAAUUUCCCAAUGUUUGUAUCACUAUUUUCUAGAGGAGAAUUGCCUUAUCAUUCACACAUUCACUCUUAGCAGGUGACAAAAAGCAGAGAGACAGCCUCAGUGAAAGCGCUGCCCUUUUGGUAACUACCUCUGAAUUGUACCUAGAAUUUCCUAACAACAGGCAGUAAAGAUGGCAAUGUUAUUUGAAGAGGAGUGUUGUGUUGGUGUUCAUAAGGCAUUGGGGAAGGAGUGAGAGGUAGAGGAAAGAAGAGUCUAGGACUAUGCAAGAUUGGAUGAGAUGAAAGCUGGAGCUCAAGACAAGGGGUUAAUGCUACUAAGAGCAAAUCCCUCAUAGUGGGUUCUACCUCCCAUCAAAGUCCCCCAAUUCCUUUGUCAAGCAUAAUACAGAAAGGGCCAGCUCUGAAUGUUCUGGUGAAAUGGUGCAUGAUGGCAAACAAAAUAUGGCUAAAUGACUGGAGAUCACGGAAGCACCUCAAUCUUCAUGACAUGCCAUAAUUGGAUAGGAACAGUACCAGUUGAUGUGGUUCACCCGAGGUACAGUGGCAUGCUAUUGGUACUCUUAACGUUUGUGCUUGGUCAGAGCCAGACAAGACACUGCCACUUCCGUGUACUGGAAGCACCACCAGACAAGCGUGUACCUCUGCCUAACUUAGUCACACCACUUAUCUUCGUGUCUGUCCUAUUUACAAUGCACUGAGAUGGCUCCAUCCAGUGCCAAGCUGUAGAACAAAAAUGAAAAUAGUGAUUCCAACAAAAUUGGGCUUUGGCCGGGCUAGCGACCACUUUCUAGCACGGGACACCUCAGUUACGGUAGGAAGUAUGAGCUACAGUACCAUGGAAGUGUAGGUAUCAUCUAACUUUAUUUUAGGUAAGUGUCUUCUGUUUCAGAUUUACUUUAAUAUUCCCAGUGUAUUUAUGGGACAUGUAGAUUUAUAAUAAAGUAUCUUUUACAUAAGCUCUUUACUAUGUAAAUGCACCUCACUUAUUUACGCAGUCUGCAUACAGAGCAAUUGUUUAAUUAGCCUGUCGGUACUGAAGGCUCUAAGUAUUUACAUUUAUUUGUCUAUAUUUUUUUCAAGGGGUGUGUGUGUGUGUGUGUGUGUAUGUAACAGCAAUUAUAAUGGCAAUAUAUAAAAGGAGCAGGAAUUGACUCACUAAACUGAAUGGUAAAAAAAUAAUAAAAAAUGCUGCAUAUUGA